CGGGCAUCUCAGACGGGAGGCAGUGGUCCUCGGAGCAGCCCCGGCACGACGCAGGAGACUGGAGGUGGUGGGGAGGGCCCGGCCAGUGGGGCCCCGGGGGCCUGAGGGAGAGGGACGCCUCGGGGUGCAGGAAGCAAAUUGGCUGCCUGGGGUGCAGGAGGGGCAGGUGGUGCGGGCUGUCCAGGAAACAUACUUGGACGGAAAGGGGUCUCAGGAGGGAGAAGAGCCCCCUGAGGGACACAGAAUCCGGAGGCGCAGGAGGAGGAGAGGUGGUAACCCAGAGGCUGGCUGCUCAGCACCAGGGUCGGGCAGGGCCGAAGUGAGCGAAGAAUGUAGGGGUUUGGGGAGUGGGCAGCAGAACCUCGGAGCUUUGGAAGCCACUGUCGGAUAGCAGGCAGUGUCCUGCUGGGUCCUUUUCUGCCUCAGCCGGGUCAUCAUAGAAGCUGUGUCUGAAGAGAGCCAGUGGAAGGCAGCAGAGGCUGGGGAGCAGCAGCAUGCAGCCGGAGGAGGGCACAGGCUGGCUGCUGGAGCUGCUGUCCGAGGUGCAGCUGCAACAGUAUUUCCUGCGGCUCCGUGACGACCUCAACGUUACCCGCCUGUCCCACUUUGAGUACGUCAAGAAUGAGGACCUGGAGAAGAUUGGCAUGGGCCGGCCUGGCCAGCGGCGGCUGUGGGAGGCUGUGAAGAGGCGCAAGGCUGCAUGCAAACGCAGGUCCUGGAUGAGCAAGGUGUUCAGUGGAAAGCGGCUGGAGGCUGAGUUCCCCCCUCAUCACUCUCAGAGCACCUUCCGGAAGACCUCGCCCACCCCGGGAGGCCCAGCAGGGGAGGGGUCCCUGCAGAGCCUCACCUGCCUCAUUGGGGAGAAGGACCUGCAUCUCUUCGAGAAGCUAGGAGAUGGCUCCUUUGGCGUGGUGCGCAGGGGCGAGUGGGACGCCCCGUCGGGGAAGACGGUGAGUGUAGCUGUGAAGUGCCUGAAGCCCGAUGUGCUGAGCCAGCCAGAGGCCAUGGACGACUUUAUCCGGGAGGUCAACGCCAUGCACUCGCUUGACCACCGAAACCUGAUUCGCCUCUACGGUGUGGUGCUCACACCACCCAUGAAGAUGGUGACAGAGCUGGCACCUCUGGGAUCGUUGUUGGACCGGCUGCGCAAGCACCAGGGCCACUUCCUCCUAGGUACUCUGAGUCGCUAUGCUGUGCAGGUGGCUGAGGGCAUGGGCUACCUGGAGUCCAAGCGCUUUAUUCACCGUGACCUGGCCGCCCGCAACCUGCUGUUGGCCACCCGUGACCUGGUCAAGAUCGGGGACUUCGGGCUGAUGCGAGCACUACCCCAGAAUGACGACCACUACGUCAUGCAGGAGCAUCGCAAGGUGCCCUUUGCCUGGUGUGCCCCUGAGAGCCUGAAGACUCGCACCUUCUCCCACGCUAGCGACACCUGGAUGUUUGGGGUAACGCUGUGGGAGAUGUUUACCUACGGCCAGGAGCCCUGGAUUGGCCUCAAUGGCAGUCAGAUCCUGCAUAAGAUUGACAAAGAAGGGGAGCGUCUGCCCCGGCCUGAGGACUGCCCCCAGGACGUCUACAAUGUCAUGGUCCAGUGCUGGGCUCACAAGCCGGAGGACAGACCCACCUUUGUGGCCCUGAGGGACUUCCUGCUGGAGGCACAGCCCACGGAUAUGCGGGCCCUUCAGGACUUUGAGGAACCGGACAAGCUGCAUAUCCAGAUGAAUGACGUCAUAACCGUCAUCGAGGGGAGGGCUGAGAAUUACUGGUGGCGUGGGCAGAACACGCGGACGCUGUGCGUGGGGCCCUUCCCUCGCAACGUGGUGACCUCCGUGGCUGGCCUUUCAGCCCAGGACAUCAGCCAGCCCUUGCAGAAUAGCUUCAUCCACACAGGGCAUGGCGACAGCGACCCCCGCCACUGCUGGGGCUUUCCCGACAAGAUUGAUGAACUCUAUCUGGGAAACCCCAUGGACCCUCCCGACCUGCUGAGCGUGGAACUAAGCGCCUCCAGACCCCCCCAGCACCUGGGCAGGGUGAAAAGGGAGCCUCCACCUCGCCCUCCUCAGCCUGCCAUCUUCACUCAGAAACCAACCUACGACCCUGUGAGUGAAGACCAAGACCCCCUGUCAAGUGACUUGAAGAGGCUGAGCCUGCGGAAGCCAGGGCUGCCCCGUGGGCUGUGGCUAGCGAAGCCCUCAGCCCGGGUGCCGGGUACCAAGGCAGGCCGUGGCAGCGGUGAGAUCACGCUCAUUGACUUCAGCGAGGAGCCUGUAGCCCCGGCCCCUCGCCCCUGUGCACCCUCACUGGCGCAGCUGGCCAUGGACGCCUGUUCCUUGCUGGAUAAGACCCCGCCGCAGAGCCCCACGCGGGCACUGCCCCGGCCCCUGCAUCCCACGCCUGUGGUGGACUGGGAUGCACGCCCGCUGCCCCCACCUCCCGCCUAUGAUGACGUGGCCCAAGAUGAGGAUGACUUUGAGGUCUGCUCCAUCAACAGCACCCUGGUGGGUGCAGAGGUCUCUGCUGGGUCCAGCCAGGGUGAGACCAAUUAUGCCUUCGUGCCUGAGCCGGCACAGCUCCUCCCUCCCCUGGAGGACAAUCUGUUCCUCCCACCCCAGGGUGGGGGCAAGCCACCCAACUCAGCCCAGACAGCAGAGAUCUUCCAGGCACUGCAGCAGGAGUGCAUGCGGCAACUACAGGUCCCUGCCAGCUCUCUUGUCCCCUUGCCCAGCCCUGGGGCUGAUGACAAGCCCCAGGUGCCCCCUCGGGUACCCAUCCCCCCAAGGCCCACACGCCCUCGUGGUGAGCUGUCUCCAGCCCCCUCAAGUGAGGAGGAGAUGGGGCGGUGGCCUGGACCUGCCUCCCCUCCCCGGGUGCCUCCGCGGGAGCCCCUGUCCCCACAAGGCUCAAGGACCCCUAGUCCCCUGGUGCCACCUGGCAGCUCCCCGCUGCCACCCCGGCUCUCAAGCUCACCUGGGAAGACCAUGCCCACCACCCAAAGCUUUGCCUCAGACCCCAAGUAUGCCACACCCCAGGUGAUCCAGGCACCUGGCCCCCGGGCCGGCCCCUGCAUCUUACCCAUUGUCCGAGAUGGCAAGAAGGUCAGCAGCACCCACUACUACCUGCUACCUGAGCGCCCACCCUACCUGGAGCGCUACCAGCGCUUCUUACGUGAGGCCCAGAGCCCUGAAGAGGCAGACCCGAUGCCUGUGCCCCUGCUGCUGCCCCCUCCCAGCACCCCAGCCCCUGCUGCCCCCACUGCCACUGUUCGACCAAUGCCACAGGCGGCCCCGGACCCCAAGGCCAACUUCUCCACCAACAACAGCAACCCAGGGGCCCGGCCACCAGCCCUGAGGGCCACUGCUCGUCUGCCACAGAGGGUCUGCCCCGGGGAAGGGCCAGAGGCUGGAUGCCCAGCAGACAAGAUCCAGAUGCUACAGGCCAUGGUGCAUGGGGUGACCACAGAGGAGUGCCAGGCGGCCUUGCAGAGCCACAGCUGGAGCGUGCAGAGGGCUGCCCAGUAUCUGAAGGUACCAUACCUCCUGCCUGCUCUGGCUUUCAGGGACCCUGAAGACUGGGUCUGCAGCUCUCCUCCCACUCACCCCCUCCCGACCCCGCUCCCUGGCUCUCCUCGGCCCUGCCCUUGUCUGGCGCCCCGCAGCCCCAGCGUGUCCCAUGGCACCACCUUCUGCUCUUCAGGUGGAGCAGCUAUUUGGGUUGGGUCUGCGGCCCCGAGGCGAGUGCCACAAAGUGCUGGAGAUGUUCGACUGGAACCUGGAGCAGGCGGGCUGUCACCUGCUGGGCUCCUGCGGCUCCGCCCACCACAAGUGAGCAGCCCCACCCUCCACAAGCGCUGAGAUAUCUGGAAAGCCAGAGGGUCUCUGCCCUGAAGAAAUCACUUGAGCCUGUCCAUCUCACAAGGGCAGGGAGAUGCCCUGCCUAGGUCUGAAGGACCUGCUGUACCUGCUGCUCCCAGUGGCAGAGUGAGGCUAAGGCAGCAGGAGGCUGGGAACCCUGCCUUGCCUGUCCCUUCCUCACCUGGCGCUGUCCCUACAACCUCAGAGCCCUCAGUGCCCCCCUGCUGAGGUACAAGAAGGAGCCUCUAGAAGGCAGGCCUGGGGGCAGCCUCAGCAGACCCUGCAGCUGACCUGCCUCUGGCUUCAGUCCCUGGUGGGGCCUGUGGCUGGAGUAUGUCACCAAGCCCUGCUGGCGAGGACGCCAGGCUUGAUCCGGGGCAAGAAGGAUGUGUUGGCCACACAGAAAAGUGGGCCAGUACCAGGCCCAGGGCUGGGCCUUUUCCAGGGAGCCCCUGGCAGGCAGAGGGGUUGUCAGACAGAAUGUGACUUGUGGCCUAACUAUGGACAUGGUAUGGGAUUGGUAUGGCUGGUUUUAGGAUCUUGUGCCUGGAGAUAGCCUGAGGUGGCUCAGGUAACAGAGAAAGGGUGCCAGAUCAUUCUCUGGCAGGGACCAGGGCCCAAGGCCCCAGGGUUGGAAGGAGACCAAGGGGGCAGCUGCCCCAGAGGGACACCAGUGCUUCCUCUUGACCCAGCUUUUCCCCUGUGCUGUUACAUGUUUUCCCACCAGUCUUUGUCGCCAAAGUUGCUGCCCCAGCCAUGAAUAUCUGCUUCUCCCAGAGAAAUAAAGUUAGUUUCUAUUUUAUGUUA